AUGAGAGUCCAAACCAAUGCAAUUAACAUUGUAGAACGAACUUCUGCGUACCUCAAAUCUGGGUUAUUGAAGAAUACUCCUGCAUGGUAUGAAGUUGUUGCAAAGAUUCCACCAACGAAAAAAUUCACGAGAGAACCAAGAUUAAUUAAUCCAUCAACAAAUGAAGACUUAGCAGUUCUAAGAGAUAAUCGUGAAGCAGUAAAUAAAAAGGGAUUUUAUAAGACUAGACCAAAUAAAUUGGAUAGGAAAGUCAACUCAAAUAAGCUUUACAAACCACCCAAAUUGCAAUAUGUUGAAGAUCAAUUACGUACUUUAUUCUUCGAUCAACACCCCUGGGAAUUAUCUAGACCCAAAAUACUGGUUGAGAAUUCAUUAGAAGAAAGAUUUGAUUGGAGUCACAUACAGCAACUUGGCAAACCACUGGAUGGAGAAAGUGUUGUGCAGAGGACAAUGUACCUUUUGAAAACAGACAAGAUGGACAUGAUUACAGCGUACAAUCAAGCACGUUUUGAAUUUUACCGUUUCAGGAUACAACAAGAAGUAGAGGAGCAAGUCGCACAAGAGGAAGCGGAAAUGUUUGGCUCAGUCUUUAACCAGUCCAUGAUAGAUUUUGGUAUUGAAAAGGAACAGAAGGUGAUCCAACAAUGGAAAAAGAAAGCUGAACAGGAAACUGAACUGGUGGCUGCUAGACGUGCCAACCCAUCAGAUUCGUGGAUCAGUGCUGAAGCUGGAGCGACUGAAGAAAAUUUGGACGAGCAAGGAAGCGAGCUUUUGGAGCUUUAA